AUGGCAGACUCUAGCCAAGCUUUCGACCAGUCCCCUUACUCCGAUCAACCUCUCGGCCCUGGGGAAAUCCGGUUAUUGGUAACCGAGACAGUCCCUGUACCUCUACAACACGUCUUCCCCUGGCUAUCCGAAGAAGCUACUAUCAGCCUUACCACAAAGGUAUUCCGACUUGACCAGAAACCUGAUUUCCACGCGAUAUCUUAUGUCUGGGGAACCGCUCCAGCCUCAAUCAGAGUCCCUUGCAAUGGAAAUGAUCGAAGUCUUCUCGUCACCCCGACCGCUUAUGAGAUGCUCGCGAAUUUCGCAAAGUUUCAACGGUUGUGGUGGUGGGUCGAUGCUGUUUGUAUCGACCAGGAGAACGAAGUCGAAAAGGCUGGUCAAAUUCCGCUGAUGCGGCAGAUCUACGCAAAAGCAAUAAGUGUGGCAGUGUGGCUAGGUGUUGGAAACCCCGCAAUGCAUGCUUUUAUGAAUCAAUUCGAUCAUCUUGUGGAACUGAACCAUGAGUGGUUCCGGAGGUUGUGGACUUUCCAAGAAAUAGUUCUUGCGGACCGAGCCACCCUCGUAUGCGGGACGGGAUAUAUCGACGCGCCUUCAUUCAUGAUCUUAGUAAAAGAUGGACUCUCCCAACAAGGUGGAUAUAUUUUCUACGAUCGCAGAGUUGCCGAUCGUCUCCCAAGCAGACCCAAAUAUACCAGUCUUGCCUACGUGACCAUCAUGACCAUCGUUAACAGCCAGAUUGACAUGCAGUCUGGAAACGAUGCGUUUCUCGCGGAAUUCUUGUUUGGACUGCGAAAUCAUCGCGUAAAAGAGCCAGUCGAUAGAAUCUGGAGCAUAGCCGGACUACUUAGCGAAGAGUUGCAAGCAAAACUUAUAACCGCGGUUGAUUACAGUGAGCAAGGACGUGGGGAGUAUCACAAGACAUAUGUCAAGUUUUUCAAGGCUGCGAUUAUGACAGCACAGUCUGUGUCCCUGUUGAUACUUCCUCCCACGAUUGGGCGGGAUGAUGACUUGCUGCCGUCAUGGUGUUCGGACCUCGCAGCAAAGCCAGCGUGUGAUUUUUGCAUUUCGGGACAAUGGAACCGGCCUGUCGCUGUUUCGCGCGUCCGACCAACCAACAUACUUCAAGAGGACAAUGACACAGAGAAGUCCAAGGCGCGAGUUACGGCGAUUAUGAGCCAUCCAUUGAAGAAUUCUAUCUCCAUCGACCAUGAUAACACGUUGCAUGUUCGAGGUUUUGUCUUAGACAGAAUAACAGAAAUCGUUCAAGAUUCAGACGUGCGUGGGCAAGUUAGUUAUCGCGAAGAAGGGGGCUGGGAACACUGGAAUAUGGAGAACCCAGCACACGUGGCCGCUGUAAAAUGGUUAGAAGAAGGAUUGAGUCUUGCUCGCCGUUUGUCUCAUACUUCGGAUGAAGAAAUACCACCCCAUUUCCUGAUGUCCAUUCCGGCGGACUGGCGCAUCACACCGGAUGCUGAGAGGGUCAUCCGGAAUGCGUUGAAGUCCAUAACAACAGGCGGAUACGACUACUUCCAUGCCCUAGAAGAGGAGGAAAGAGGGUAUGACACUGCUUCUUCGCCACAGCAGGUGGACGAUUCGGCAUCGCAGUACCAGGCUGCAAAGUCGGCGACGAAGUGUGUGCUCUCUACGGCGGAGAAGCACUGUACAACAUGCGACGAACAGGCAGUGAGCGCUCGACAGUGA